AUGUCGUCGCUCACCGCCGCCAUCGACCAGGAGAUGAAGGAGCAUCGCGAUGCCAGGAAGAACAGCGGCGGCGGUCGCCGUGCCGAGAGCCCUCUGCCCGGCGGCCGUCACCAGAGCCCUGCGCCCGGCCACCUCGGCGUCGAUGACGGUCGUGUGCGCAGCCGGAGUCGCGGCAGCACUGGCAUCCCGUUCGCCAUGCCCAAGAGCGCGCCAUCGUCUCCCCGCGGGGCCAGGAUGUCGGGCGCCGCCCCAUACCAGUCGAUUGCAAGCGUGUCGCAAGGCGGGCCCAAGCCUCGGGCCAUGUCCUCUGUCUACGGCACUCCCUCCGGCAUCCUCGGCCCAGCCAGCCCACGAGAUCGACACAACUCGAUGAGCGGCGCCUACAACAGGUCCAAGUCUGGAUCGCCGGGGCCUGAACGCUCUGCAUCCCCGCGAACACGCGGUCCGCCCAUGUCGACGUCCGAAGCCAUGCGCAAAAUGUCCGAGUCUGCCAUGACCGACUCUGACGGCGAGCUCACCGCACCACCGAGGCGCAAGGCUUCAGACCCCGCCAAGGGCACCACAUCAGCGCCAGGCGGUGGCGUGCGAUUGACCACGGACGACGACGGCGACGACGGCGACGACGGCGAAGACAGCGCCGCUGUGGAGAGCAGCGACAACGACUCUGGCUCCAGCUCGGACUGGGACGACGGCUGGGCUCCCGGCUCGACCAAGAAGUCUAGAGGGCGGAGGAGGUCGCGGUCAGAGUCUGGCGGUACAGAUCGGAUGGGCAGGGAAAUCGUCACGGCGCAGAGCCUGUUCAAGACUGCAAAGGAGGAAGGGCGAGACCUCACCGCUUCCUUCAUGACGCGCGAGGAGAGACAGGAGAAGUUGCGCCAGCUGAACGGACCCACAAUCAGCAUAGAGGGACCCGACGGUGAGAAGAUGGUGCGCCGCAAGUCCACGGACGUACACCCGCAUACCAGCUUCGACCAAGACAAUUCCAGAAUAAGCACGCCCAUCAGCUCUGAUGCUGAAGACCACAUGGCCGAACUGCGGUCGGCACAGCAGCUGGCCUUGCAAAUCACUCCCAUCCAGUCGAGUCCCGAGGCCCACCGAUGCGUUCGCCAGAUCGUCCGCGGCGAUUACAGCCAAUUUGCACAGGAAGCAGACAACGGCUUGAGGCGGCAGCGUGUUUACCUAGUUUCGACAGAUCUGAGUGACGAGGCUGCAUAUGCCUUGGAGUGGACUAUCGGCACCGUCCUGCGAGAUGGCGACACGCUCCUAGCUGUGUAUGCCGUCGACGAGGAAAUCGGUGUUGCCACGGAUGGUCUCGGCGCACCCGUUGCCCAGGGCACGACCGGACUGCACGAGGGUGCUCACCUCAAGCGAACACUCUCAGGACACGAUGGUAUUCCGCAGAAGAAUCAACUGUCGAGUACCAUCGCAGCUGCAGAGGCAGACGUCAGCAAGAUGGGCAAAGCUGAGAAGGAUCGCUAUCAGGCCUGCGUAGAGGUGUCUGACAGAUGUGUCAAACUCCUCAGGAAAACUCGACUGCAAGCUCGAGUUGUAGUGGAGGUGUUCCACUGCAAGAGCCCGAAGCACAUGAUCACGGAAGUCAUUGACAUGCUCGAACCAACCCUGGUCAUCCUAGGAUCUAGAGGUCGCAACGCCCUAAAAGGUGUUCUGCUUGGCUCGUUCAGCAACUACCUCGUCACCAAGUCGUCGGUGCCGGUCAUGGUUGCUAGGAAACGACUGCGAAAGCACAGCAAAUACAAGCGACAGAACCUCAGGAUGUCCAACGUCCUCAGUGGCCCUGGCGACAAGCUCGCAAACGCCAAGAUAGACUGA